UAAGACUCUUUUUCUUUUAACUCUAAAAGAAAAAACACCACUCAUUAUAUCCUUAAAUUGUUAAUAAGGCAAACCCUUUAUUCUCCAUACCCUCCUUCAAAUAUCCUAAUAAAUUGUCUUAAUAAGACUACUACUCCAUUCCUCUCUAUCUUUUCUCAUAAUAAUUACUUUGUUAUUAUUGUAUCAUAUUAUUUCAUUCUAAAACUUACAAAAUAUGCCAAUGGCUGAGACAGUCAAGCCUAGUGGCUCAUCCUCAGAAGGAGGAGGAGGCCAACACCAAAAGAACAAACUCGAUCGCGAAGUUAGAGAUAUGGUGUCAGCCAUAACUAGUCGCCUUACCAACAUUCACAAAAUGAGCUCCAAUCAAGGCCAUGAUCACCAAAACAACGACGAUGAAGACGACGAUGACAAUGGUGUUAGGAUCAUCACUCUUGCGGGAACCAACACAGGCGCCACUCUACGUGGCGAGCUGGAUGACAACUCGGACGCCCUUCAUAAGGGCGUCGAGCCUCCCCUGCUCGGGGAGUCUGAGACCAUGAAGACAUAUGUUAAUAGCAACUUUCAAGCUGUUAACAACUCCAUCAUGAUGGGUGGAAGUUACAACACCAAUGAUCCUGGCGUCCAUGUAGAGAUCUCUGAUUUUGGUGAGCCUCAUGAGUCUAACAAUAAGCCUGAGUACAAGAGAGGAUGGAAAGGUAAGAAGAAGAGUAAGGAAGCUUUAAAAAGUGACCACAAAUCGUCUAGCUCUGACUGAGAGCUAAAUGAGUACGUAAAAAACAUAAAUGCAUGCAAGGGUGGCUGAAUUUUAAGCUAUUAUUAUUAUUAUAUAUGAUAUAUCUAUUAUACUUUACUUUGAAAUCUUUGAUUAUAUAGCCUUGAUGAAUUAAUAAUAUUACAAAUAAUGAGCCUUUUUUUGGCUAAAAUAGGAUGAUUUAAAUGCAGUUGAGAGUUGCUUGAGAGUGCUACCUCGGAAUAAGUUUGAUGGUUUUAAGCAUAGUGUAAUAUUUAAGAUUAAAAAAAUACAUUGCAUGUGAUUAUAUUAAACUAUAUCCUUAAAUGCUAUGUUGUGUUGUGAGUCAGGUCGAGCAAUAAAUUUCUUUAAGCUCUAAUUUGUACUGGUUGCUGUUGUUGAGAAAAACCAUAUUAUUCUAUUAAUUGAUUUUGUUA